AUGAGAACACACACAGGAGAAAAACCUUUUAAUUGUUCAGUUUGUGGCAAAAGCUUUUCUGGUAAGAGCAAGUUGACUCAACACAUGAGAACACACACAGGUGAAAAACCAUUUAAGUGUUCAGUUUGUGGCAGAAGCUUUUCUGGUAAGAGCAAUUUGACUCAACACAUGAGAACACACACAGGUGAAAAACCAUUUAGUUGUUCAGUAUGUGGCAAAAGCUUUUCUCGAAAUAUCGAUUUGACUUACCACAUGAGAACACACACAGGAGAAAAAACAUUGAAGUGUUCAUUUUGUGGCAAAAGCUUUUCUGUUAAGAGCAAUUUGACUAAACACAUGAGAACACACACAGGAGAAAAAACAUUCAGUUGCUCAGUUUGUGGCAAAAGCUUUUUUCGAAAUCAUGGUUUGACUGAACACAUGAGAACACACACAGGUGAAAAACCAUUUAAUUGUUCAGUUUGUGGCAAACGCUUUUCUCACAGUACCUCUUUGACUAAGCACAUGAGAACACACACAAGAGAAAAAACAUUUAGUUGUUCAGUUUGUGGCAAAAGCUUUUCUGAUAAGAGCGAUUUGACUAAACACAUGAGAACACACACAGGAGAAAAACCAUUUAGUUGUUCAGUGUGCUGUAAAAAUUUUACUAAAAAGAGCCGUUUGACUCAACACAUGAGAACACACACAGGUGAAAAACCAUUCAGUUGUUCAGUUUGUGGCAAAAGCUUUACUCGAAAUUAUGGUUUGACUGAACACAUGAGAACACACACAGGUGAAAAACCAUUUAAGUGUUCAGUUUGUGGCAACAGCUUUUCUCAAAAUAGCUCUUUGACUCAACACAUGAGAACACACACAGGUGAAAAACCAUUUAAUUGUUCAGUCUGUGCCAACAGCUUUUCUAAAAAUAGCAAUUUGACUCAACACAUGAGAACACACACAGGUGAAAAACCAUUUAAUUGUUCAGUUUGUGGUAAAAGCUGUUCUGUUAAGAGACAUUUGACUCAACACAUGAGAACACACACUGGUGAAAAACCAUUUAGUGGUUCAGUUUGUAGCAAAAGCUUUUCUGUUAAGUGCAGUUUUAUUAAACACAUGAAAACAUAGAGAUGAAAAACCAUGUAAGUGUUCCGUUUGUGGCAAAAGCUUUUCUCUUAAGAGAAUAUUGACUCGACACAUGAGAACACACACUGGACUAAGACAAUUUAAUUGUUCAGUUUGUGGUAAAAACUUUCAUCAAAACAGUUUUUUGUGUCGACACGAGAACACACACUGGAGAAAAACCAUUUAGUUGUUCAGUGUGCUGUAAAAGGUUCACACAUAAUGCAGACGCAGUAAAACACAUAAGAACACACAAGGGAAAAUAACCAAUUAGCUGUUUAGUUUGCGGUAUGUUGCUCAUAUGUGGUGACAUCCACCCUACCCAGGACCUCCUCACUGCUUCUUUCACAAAUAUCUGAGGUAUUCUUACAAACUUGGAUUAGUUGAAGCAUAAUCUUAUCUACUCAUGACCCCAUGUCUUCUCUGUAUCUGAAACCUUCCUGAACAGUAAGAUAGAUGAUGCUUCAAGUGCUUGGUUACUCCUUCUUCAGUCCAGGGACCUGGGGCCUCAUGUGUCAAGUUUGUGCACGCUCAAAAACCUGCACUACACCCUUUUUCACUGCAAAGUUGACAUGUAUCAAAACUGACGUUGGGAUGCUGGGUAACUGUUUACAUAACCAAGUGCCAACUUUUACUCCUCAGACUGAUUGAUGUGCAAAUCAGAGACAUAUGAACAAUUAACCCCCAACACCCACAACCCAACCCCCACCUCCCUAACAGGUUCAAUCCGGCCUGUGAGAUGAGUUUGCAAAGUGUAAAAUUCAGCUGCAUUUUUAAUGAAAGAAACGGUGGUUCUAAAUGUGUCCACUGGAUGUCGCAAAACCAAUUCUGUUAGGCAAGCAAAUUGCAUAGCAAGUAUACCAAGCAAGAGGUACACGGUAAAACGGGGCUGUGACUCCUCCCCCUCCACCCAACGUAAAA